AUGGCUUCUAAAAUACAAGUUGCAGUUCGUGUUUGUGAAGCGAACCGUAUCGUAUUGCCAUGGAGAUUUGUGCAGUUAAAUCACACUUCUUACACCUAUCAGCAGCUUUGGGCCGAUAUUAUCCAAGGAGUGCAUGGACAGCUUGAUUUUGUUGAUUUAAAGUGCAAACGCACAAGCUACGAAUUCCAAAAAGCAACUGCAUUCCUCUCUUUAUCGCUUACAAAUGGAAUAGAAGGUGAUGCACAGAAUGAUUUGAUGGAAGUUGUUAAUUUCUUCAACAUGAGAUUUUUUUCCAUCAAUAUCAAACAUGGCGACAUAGACUGUGACGAUUGUCGCCUCCAUGCUGGCACUGCGAAUCCACCUACUACAAAUGCUUUUCAAGUGAUGAUGGCUGCUGCCAAAGAAGCUGCUAUCAUAGGUAUUCCAAAGGUUUGUCCAGAUCCCAAAUGUAACCUAGAUAAACUAAAGAAUACAAUUCUAACAUACUUUCAAGAAAAGAUGUGUAUCUUCCCUGCCAAUUGUGGAAAAGCAGCCACUGUAUUUGUUGCUAGGCUUUCUGACUUUGUGUAUUAUCUUGAUGGGCAAUAUUUCAAAAUUGAAAUGGAAAUAAGCAAAGCAAAGAAAUUUCCAGAAGUCUUUAAAAGGAAAUUUAGUGGUUUUAACUGCCCAGAAAAGUCUAAGCAUAGAAAACACGAGCUCAACAACCUCUCAGAAAAGAAGUUGGAAAGUCAUGCCAUUGCUAUUAGAGAAGUUAUACAGUCACUACAGUUCCUAGACAGCAUACCAUGGGCCGAGGUAAAGCAGGAAGUUCUUCAAAUGGUUCAAGUUGUUGAGCAGUAUUGCUUGCAUCUCAGAGUGGACAAUGUUAGGAACAAAGUAUCGCGAGAAACCCCCCGCAGUGAAGUUGAAAUUAGGGCCAAUGUCACACUAAUGAAAGUAAACAAGAGUCCAAUUCAUCCUGCUUUGAGUGGCCUUGACAAGCAGCUUUUAGAUGUUCAACUCUAUAGUCCCAUAUCUAUCCGAGAGUUUCUACCUACCUGUGAUAGACGGAGAGUUUAUGAAAUCAUUCAGGAGUUGAAACAGAAAGGGCUGAAGUUCAAAUGCAUUCACUAUGCUCAUCAACCAGGUGGCAGCAAACAAGCCUUACACUUUGUGUGGAGAGUGGACGAGGCUAAAUCAGAGGGAGAAACCAUCGAAAGAUGCCUGCAAGUGAUCAAGAAAAUAGAGGCAGAAAUACCAGUUUAUGAAAGACGAAUAACCAAAAAGCACUUCAUGCAGGCGUUUGGAUUUGUUGUCAAGCCAGUUGCCCUUCGAGCUAUAUUUCGAGAGUUGAAAGGUGAUCAGUCUGCCCCAGCAAACCUAAGCGAGAGGGAGUUAGACAGUCGCUUUCAGUAUGCAAUGCAAUGUGAAGAUGCUGGAAUUCUUGUUGAUCUCAGGAACCAGUCACCUGAAAAGAAAAAGGAUACUUUCAAGGAGUUUUUUGCAGAAACCGAGAGAUAUUUGGCAGAAGAUAUUGGUGUGGCCUGUCAUGAAAGGCGUCAUGGUGAGCAAUUAUACCUUGCCAAAGCAGUCAGCAUCAAAGAUCUCCAUGAAAGAAUUAAAGAAAGAGUACCACCAGGGACCAAUGUGCCAUCAGUUAAGUGGUUGCGUUAUCAGUUCCAGCCAAUCAAUCCAAGGGCCAACACAGCAAAGUAUUACAAAGGGAUCAUUAAUGUCAAAAUGAUGGUACAAAAGAGACAGGUAAUGUAAAACCUAUGUUGCUACUGAAAACGUCCAUUGACGUUUUCAUGUGACAGUUUGAUAAACAAAAACAUUGCUUAAUAUCACUACUCCAGAAUUUGACUGUGUUGUUUUGACCUUCAGAAUUCCAGGAAAGUAUAAAUUUUGCUGCAUUUUUGCCUUAAAAAUUUUUUUUUCACUUUAAAAAUUACUUCUAAAAAUCUAGAAAUUCUUUCAACUCCCUUCAUGUCCUUAAAAAGAAACGAUUGGUACUGUAGUAUAUAUUUUAAACAAUCAAUCAAAACUUUAUUUAGGCACGGUAAAAUCUACACUAUAACAUAAAUAACAUUUUAUAGUAACAAUUAAUUAACAUAACUAAAAUAUAACUUACACUUAUAGGACAAAUAUACGGAGAACAUUUAAAUUGAGACUUUUACAUUUACAAUACUAUAUACUACAUACUGAUUUCCAAGAUUGCCGUGCACGAGUCCGUUUCAAGUAGAAAAUAAGAUAUCAAUUUCUCUUUUAAAUUGACUAAGAGAGCAUACUGAACAUACAUUUUGAGGUAUCUCAUUCCACAACACUGCACCGCUAUUUCUAUUUCUUGUACUAUAUGUCAAUUUCGGUUUGGAUGUUGCCCUAUUAAAUGAAAGCGUUCUCAAUAUUUCCUUUCCAGAUUAGAGUAAAUCAUGUGGAUGCACAUUAUUGUUCAGCUGCUUGGCGGUACAUGCGUGAGUUUGCAAUUACCCACAGAGAUAUGACAACAUUGGUCAGCAUGGACGACAAGCACAAAUGUAAGGUUGGGGAGCCCUUGUAUCCAUUGGCAGCAGCUGAAAGAGGGAAGCAGGUUAUCGUUGGAGCUAACCAGGUGAUGGCUGUUGGGGACCAUGACUUCAGCAAAUGUACUUUGACUCCAUCAGUUAACUUGGUGGUGAGUUGCUAAUGUAUAAAACAAGUAGAUGCAUUAUCUAUUGUCUGUUCAGUUAUUAAAAAAGAUGGCCAGAAAAUAUCACAAUGUGGUAGAACUUACCAUUUCGAGAUGUUCUUACCAUGAUGUGACAUUAUCUGUGCAUCAACAUCUGACCAGACAACAACAAAAAAUGGAUCUAUUUUGUAAAUAUUUUACAGAUUGAUAUUCCUCAAACAAUAUCUGGUAGCUUCUACAGGGGCGAUGUUUAUGUUGGGUUCAAGGAUUCAAUAUUAAAGCCUUCUUCCCCAUUGCGCCACGCAACUGAACUGGCAGAAAUUCUGAAGCUAAGAGGAAGUAGGUUCUAUAUGUGGAAAUAAAUUAUGUUUUUGCAUGAUAUGCUUUUAAGUUCUAUUGCAAUUCUUUGUUAUGGUUUUAAAUUAAUUCACAGGUAACUAGUCCAACAAGGCAACAAACAAUGGCCAGUGUAAUUUAGUAUAGUCUGUUUAAGAGUCAUUUAAGAGUCUAUUUUACUGUAGCUGUCCAUCCUGUCCUACUGCUAUACACUGAUGGAGGGCCUGAUCACCGAACCACGUACAUGUCGGUGAAACUGUCCAUGAUAGCAUUGUUCAGGUCUCUGGACCUUGAUAUGUUGGUUGCCUUAAGGACAGCUCCCAGUAACUCGUGGGCAAAUCCUGUAGAGAGAAUAAUGAGUAUUGUGAAUACUGGUCUACAAGGUAUUGGCCUUAUGCGUCAGAAAAUGGGUGACAACUUUGAAAAAGCAAUAGGUGUGUAGAUGUUUCACAUUUGUACAACAAAAAUUAUCACAACAGAUAUUUUUUUCUAACCAAUCAAAUAUUUUAAUAUAUUUCAGCUAAUGCGAAAAGUGUCAAAGAGAUGAGGGAAAAGUUGGCAACGGAUGACCUCAAGAAAGAGCUAGGUGAAUCGUUGUCAUUUCCAAUUGAUCUUCUCAACAGCCAGAUGAACAGAUUAAGUCUGAAGGAAAAGAAGUUCCAGACCUUUACUCCAGCUUCAGAAGAAGAGAUCAACACGCUGUGGGAAAAAUGCCUGGAAAUUGAGAAAGGGUUACAGGUAUACAGUAGUAGUAGGUAGUAGGGGUGGAACAUAAAAAAAUUACCUGAAUGAAUACUGUGUGAGGUUUGUCAUUUGUUUAUGCUUUUUUCACAUUUAUGUGUAGCGCGACCAUUUAACCAUGAAGGAUGUAAAGGACUUUGAACACCUUAAAGCUUUCCUCAAGCACUGCUGCAUUGAGGGACAUUAUUGCUUCCAGGUGAAGAAGUGUGGUAAUGAUAACUGCAAAAUCUGCAGGUACUGUAUGAAGAAUAUCGAAAUUCUAUACAUAUGAAUGUACAGUAUAAUACAUUUGAAUCUUUCAAUAUAACAAUGUAUAACAAAUAAACAAUAAACAUUACAGGUACAGUGUAUGUUGUUGGCCCGUUGCACAAAUAAUUGUAUAAAAUUGAGCUAGUUGAUUAUAAGUGUAACCAAUUUUAGACCGUUACGGGACAAACGGAGCAAAGAUGUGAGUUCCUUACCUUUCCCAGUUCCAGCUGGUGAUGGUCAUUAUCGCCCGUUUGAGGAAGUCUAGGAAGAGGUAUUUUAAGUAUUUCUAUAGAGUACCGGUAUACCAACUAUUAUGUAAUAUUAAUCAUACAUUCAUGUUGAAUUAUUUGUUUCUUUGUAAUAGAACCGGCCAAGUAAAGUAACAAGACCCAAGACUACCAGGGCAAAACUACCUUUCUCGCCAUCUGUACAACAUGCGCAGAAUACAGAUGUCAUGGUGCAAUGCACUGAGUGUGAGAAAUGGCGGCUUGUCUUUGCAAAAAAGAAGCUAACGAAGAGACAGAAGCAGCAGCUGACAGAUCUUCUGGAAGAUAUGGAUUACACUUGUGGUUUUCAAUUUGGUGAGAAUAAUUUUGUGAAUUAGUCAGCAUGCAUUUAUAUUUGUUUGUAACCUUUGUGAUUUUAUGAGGGUAGAGAAGAUCAUUGUUGGAUCAGAGACAAUAUAACUGUACAUAUAUACUAUUCCUAUCGUUUUAGAUGAUAUACUUCUUCCUCAUGGGCUUCAAGUCCACAUUAAAGACCAUGACUGCGAAGAUAACAUAGAAAAGCUGUACUAUGCUUGUGACUAUGAACCAUGCUGCAUCUAUUGUGGGGAAUAUGUUGAUGAUGUGGAUGAAGAUGAUGAGAUUUAUCCCCAGUGCGGAAAUUGUACACAAGAUCCUGUCAGGAAACGAAAGUGA